AUGAAUGGUUUACUGCGAAGCAAACAAGGUUGUUGGACCUGCCGUUUGCGCAAGAAGAAAUGCGACGAACGGAAACCUUCGCCAUGUUUAACAUGCGAAUCUUUAGCGAUCACAUGUUAUGAACAUGGAGUAAAGCCAGAGUGGAUGGAUAAUGGGCCAAGAGAAAAGGAAAUGGCGAAUAGAAUCAAACAAAUUGUCAAACACACAUCACGUCGAAAGGGUCGGUUAGCUAGUGCAUCCGCGGAUCAAAAGAAUGGUGAUGCAGAAGCAUCCGCCAUCAGUCUCGCACCAAAGCCUACAGCUGUAUCCUCGAAUAGGAGUUCUAUAGUAAUUGGAGAUGUAGAUCACCAGAGGCCAAAUUCUGAGACUUCCCCUGCCCACUCAGAGCAGAGUGCAUCAGCUGACGCUUCCAUGGGCUCGACGCCAGACAGCGGAAACAGCUUUCCAAGUACACCGUCAAUUACAGGCAAUGAAGCUGCUUUACUUAUGCAUUUCCUGGAUAAUGUGUUUUCACUGCAAUACCCCAUGUAUAAGCCUGAAGUAGCUGAAGGAGGACGAGGAUGGUUGCUCUCGCUUCUACUGAAAACUAAACCGUUAUAUCAUGCAUCUAUUGGCUUAAGCGCAUAUCAUCGGGGGGUUGUACUUCGUGGAAUAAGUCACGGUGCGUGUACAAAGCCCAGCAUUGCUGAACAAGAGGGUCACCUUGCUAUAUGCUUGACUGAAUUUCAAGAUGCAUUCAGACUCGCCCAAAAAUCUGUCUCUGAUUAUUCAAUCUGUCCGGAUAAUGGUCUUGAGAUUAUGGCUUGUGUUGUUCAACUCGUGUUUUUCGAGCUUUUUGGUGUACGCAAAAGUUCUUGGCAGAUUCAUCUCCGUGCUGCCACGGAUAUAUUUGGUCAAGCGUACCGAAAACAUACCACCGAGCUUGGCUUAUUGGUUAACAAUGAGUCAACUUCCGACACACUGUCAACGCUUUGCAAGUUGGGAGAUAGCGAGAACACUAUAACUUUUCAGUUUUUAUUUGGAGUGGUUUUAUGGUUGGACAUAGUAUCUUGUGUAACUACAGGAAAGUCACCGCAACUCCUUGAUCUUCACCCUGUGGCAUUCGGCGCAAAGGCUCAGAUCAAGCUGGAGAAAAUCAUGGGCUGCAAGAACUGGGCUAUGACUGAAAUAGGUCGCAUUUCCAUGUUACAUGAAUCUAAGCGAGACGGGCUUCAGGGUGGUAUUUUUGAUGCUCACUCAUUCGAGAAUCAGGUUGAGAACAUCAGACAAACCAUCCGACGUGGGCUAAAUGAACAGUUCUUGUCAGAACUUCGCAUUACAAACCCAAGCUCGACUUCGCAUGUCGAAUCACGGAUAGGUCCCCAAGACAUCAUCACGCGACUGUUUACCCGUGCUGCUUACAUCUAUUUAGAGCUUGUUGCUGGUGGAUUCAAGAGCAUUGAAGAAAAUCCGGACCUACACAAUAUUAUCGCUGGACCGAUGACGAUACUUUCGACAUUGCUACGUGGAGACACAUUUCGUGCUAUUAAAUAUGUUCUCUUCGCCUCCAUUGAAGGACCCCUCAAUGCAUCAUCGGAGUACCAUCUUACCUCUUCUGGAAAAGUUGCCGCACUGCUAUGUAGCAAAUGCCAACAAAAUUACUAUCUCAAACCUCUGAACUCGCUCGAACAACGACUUACUACUCGGGUAAGCGGACGGAAGUAUAUUCUCAAACUUCCAUUCAGAAAUGCUAUCCGAAUACCACUCGAUACACAACCAAGACUACUUCAAUACGAAGCAUCACAACAAAGACAUCAAGAAUUUACCCUUCUUCUCGGUAUCUCUUCCCAGAACGUCACCGGAGCUAUCAAAGUUGCAUAA